AAUACACUUAAGAGACUGGGCUGCUGAAAAAAGAAUCAGAGAACGGGACUUUGAAGGAAAUAAUUGUCUCCAAAAGAUGGCAGUUAUGCAACCACCGGGAUGCUAGCUGCCGCAGAACCUUAAAGAAAAAGAAGAAGAAGACGCGGCAGCAGCAGUCGAAGAAGAGUGAAGAGAAGUAGCGUUUCCAUUAACCCAGCCUGAUGUGGCUAGGUCAAUGUUAGCAAGGUAACACUAAUCGCGUUCUAUCUGUCGGACAUUUCUCCUCAUUACUAACUCCACAUGGGCAAGAGGGACAAUCGAGUGGCUUAUAUUAACCCCAUUGCUGCUGCGCGGGCCAGGGGGCCAGUACAGAACUCUGGACCAACCAUACAGGAUUAUUUAAGCAGACCUCGACCGACAUGGGAAGAGUUAAAGGAGCAGUUAGAGAAGAAGAAGAAAGGCUCUCGAGCCCUGGCUGACUUUGAGGAUAAAAUGAAUGAGAGAUGGAAGAAAGAACUGGCAAAAAACCGAGAGAAGUUGUUAGGUGGAAGUGACAAGGACAAAGAGAGAGACAAAAAGAACACGGACAAGGAAAAAGAGGAGAAGAAAGAGAAAAAAGAGAAAAAGAAGAAAGAGAAGAAGAAAUCCAACAGGCAUUCUUCAUCUUCCUCCUCCUCAUCGAGUUCUGAUUCCUCCAGCAGCUCCUCCUCAGAAUCUGAAGAUGAGGAUGAAAAGAAGAGUGUGAAGAGAAAACGGAAGAGAAAGAAGUCAUCGGCCAGGAGAGUAUCAGAAAGCUCAGAGGAAGAAUCGGAUGCUGAAAGCAAGAAGAAAAAGAAAAGAAUCAGGGAAGAAGGGGAUAAGGAUAAGGAUGACAAGAGCCGCAGAAGAAAAAGGAAGGCCGAGCGCAGUUACAAAGACUCCUCCUUAGAGUCCUCUGCGGACUCUGAGGGUGACGAGGUAGCUGAAGCCAAGAAGAAAAAGAGAAGUAGCGAGGAAAAGGAGAAAAUCACAGACAAAUCCAAGAAGAAGAGGAAAAAGAAGCAUAAGAAACACGGCAGAAAAAAGAAAAAGAAGUCAGCAUCUCAGUCGGACUCAGAGCUCGACUAACAACCAUCGCUUUACGGUUCUCUCAGCCUCCCGGCAGAUCACUAGUAGUGCUAUUUUUUGCCUUUGACCACCAAAAACUUCUCCCAUCCAGCUGCGGUCAUCACACUUGAUCAAGGAGACCUACAGACUUGUAAUGCUGGGGUGAAAAUGAGGGAGGAACCCAUCCCUCUAAGUGGCAACUACCGGUACAUAUCUUUUGUUGACUUUUAUCACCAUGCUUUUUUUAACGAUUGUUCCUUGAGUUACAGUCAGCAACAGGACUGGAGUGAAUUCCACAUCUUUCUUUUCCGGCUCGUCUUGGAGAUUGGAGUGUGACUGGCACUCGCUUUCGCCUUCAGUAUGCUGGCCCUCUAGGAGUUGCUCCAUCUGCUUCAUACCUGAAAUCUUGCAUUUCUAGUUGCUAGACGAGGCUAAUAUGCUAGUGCCGUUGUCAUGCAUGUAGACCCGAUGUCUCGCCAGCCUCAUAUUGAAGUUGGACUUGUGAUAUGAAAUGUGAGCUGCACAGUCAACAUUUAUACAAGGGAUAAUUGUUCAGUUAGAUGAAUUGUUACACUGCAGUGUAAAUGUAUAAAGAAUGGCAAUUCAUUAAUAAAGUAUUGUUUUAGCCUUUA